AUGAACGACACGUCGAGUCCAUCGAAACGAUUGGGACAUCCGAUGAGAGCCCGGAAGCGGAACCGAUUGAUCUAUAAUGAGGACGAAGAGACUCAGUUCACGGGCCGAUCGGCGCCGCCGUUCGCCGCCGCCGGACAUAACCGCAAGAGUCAACGCAUACCCAGCGGUGGGUCCGCCGGCUAUCUGUCGCCGCACUCGUCGGGCGUCCGAGCGGUCGGAACGCUGGACAAGAAGGUGGCGCAGAGGGUUGGCCUCCGGUUGCGGACACUCUUGAAACUGCCGAAGGCUCACAAAUGGGUGUGUUUUGAGUGGUUUUACGCAAACAUCGAUCAGCCGUUGUUUUUGGGACAAAACGAUUUCGGCAUUUGUCUCAAGGAGUCGUUCCCACACCUGAAGACCCGGUCUCUGGCGCGCGUCCAGUGGUGUAAGAUUCGCCGCCUAAUGGGUAAACCGCGGCGCUGUUCGGCCGCCUUCUUCGCCGAAGAGAGGGCUUCACUGAACGCCAAACGCAACAAAAUCCGUCAUUUGCAGCAACAAAAGGUCGUCGACUUCAGCCAAUACAAGGAUUUGCCAGAAAAUAUUCCCCUUUCGCUCGUCAUCGGCACCAAAGUUACCGGUCUUUUGCGUAAACCACAGGACGGACUCUUCACCGGCGCCAUCGAUGCGGUGGACGCGACGCUCGGCACGUAUCGGCUGACGUUCGACCGCAACGGCAUCGGAACCCAUUCGCUGCCCGAUUACGAAGUGCUCAGUAACGACACCCCGGAGUUCAUACCAUUGAACUCCUUUCAGACCAAAGUCCGGCCGAGACUUCCGAUGUUCACUUCGCCCCGAUUUCUGGAACUGUUGGGCAAUCAAGUGGCGCAGGCGUUGGGCGACAACGACCCCCUCCUCGCCGGACCCUCACCUCCCAAACGAGAGGGAGGCGUCUCCGGCGGAGGACAUAUCCACGAAGAGGGAACUUUAGGCGGAUUUCCCAUUAAGUUUUUGGCACUUUUGGUCCGUUUAUCGAAAAUACUUCAGUGCAAGAAGAAGAAGAUCACUGAACUGAAGGCCAUGAAUACGGAGGCGGAGAAGUGCCGCAGUCUUCAAGAGCCCAUUUCGCACGACUUUCAGAAACAUUACGCGCAGACAAUCCUCGACUUAGAGAAACUGAACGCCGAUCUAAACGACUACUUGAAAGCCGUCCAACAGUACAGCGCGGAGAUCGCGCCCGAACAGGGGUUGGCGCCCAUCGCUCAGCCCGAUGUCGUCAAACAGAAAUAUUUGGUCGAAUCCAAGGAAUUGGUGGAACGAAAUUUGGUCAACUGUUCGGUGAAGUCCGAGCCCACCAUUGACUUGAUAUCGCAUCUGUUGUCACUUAUGCUACACCUGAGAGGGUUCGCCGACUCCGAGGUCUCGGCGUACGAACUGAAGUCACUGUCCGACACAUUGACGGACAUCAGGAAAAUGUUGGACACCUCUAACGUGGAUCAGUACGAGAACGAAGUGGAGAUACACGUGAACCACAUUCAGACGAGUUUAUCACAUUUGGGUAAUUUGGGCGCUUUCUCCGAGUCUAUGCUCGAGCCCUUAUGA